GUCGUCGCUUGAAAAUGACGUAGUUACCUCGCGUCAUGUUCAGCUUCACCAAAGUUGAUUUGUUUUGACGGUGAAUAUAUAUUUGUAAAAUUCGGUCUUAUUUGUUUUGUUAAAACAUGCUGAAAAAGAAGAGCACCAGCGAAAAGAAAAGAAAGCAGUCGCAGGCCGAAGAGCGACACGACGGCGUCAAACGCAGGAGCACAGAGUCUAAUUUAGAGCAGCACUCCAAGGAUGAGCUGGCUGAUCCGGAGUUGGACAGAAUUGGUAGUGACAUUGAGGAGGGGGGCCUGGACCUGACUUUGCCCUUGAAGCCCAUCGCUGCUUAUGUGACAGACAAAAAGCAGAUGCUGGAGCAGUGUUUCCGUGUGCUGGGGGAGAGGAAGCUACAAAAGAUGCUGCCAGAUGAACUUAAGAGCUGUAGUUUAGAGGAAAUCAAACAUCUGUGUCAGCAGCAACUUCAGCAGAUCUCAGAGAAAAAUCUGACUCUGAUUUUAGCAGGUGAUGAUCUGAUGUCUGAAAAUGGGGACGAAAACACAGAACAGACUUCAGAAAGCCAGCAAGACAACAAUGUGGACUCAACAUCUUGUCUCAAAGACACUGCAAAAACUGAGGAAUCGAAGCAAGAGGGUGGUGGUUCAGGCGAGGAGAGUGACGUCCUAAGCAUAAAUGCUGAUACUUAUGACAGUGACAUAGAAGGGCCAAAAGAGCAGACUGUUAAAGUUGUGGGCGGGGCAUUGAAAUCGUUUAAUGCCAGCAGAAGACCCACUGCAAAUCCAAAGCCGUCCAUCGGCCCCCAACCAGUGGCGACAAAGAAAGACAUUCAAAGCGACAUUGAUAAAAGUGUCAGUGAGAUUCUUGCAUUUUCACCCCCAGCAAGCGCACGGGGAUCAGAAGAACAAAUCGCACCGUCACAGUCUGCGGCCGUCCAACCCGCUCAAGGCGCAGCUGCCCCAACUCAUCCACUGGGAGUAUGUCAGCCCUCGGUUCAGCAGCUGGAGCUGCUUGAGCUGGAAAUGAGAGCGCGGGCCAUCAAAGCUUUAAUGAAGGCAAAUGAAGGGAAGAAAAUCUGUGUAGUGAAAAAUGUGGCAUGUUAAUUUAUUUCAUUAAACUUCAAACACCUGCAAA